AUGUCUACCAUUGGGGUCAAGCGGGCCUGUGACCAAUGCCAUGCAGUCAAAGAGAAGUGCCGAAGAGAAACCCCUACUGUGCCAUGUGAGAGAUGCGCUCGCCUGGGUCAGAGUUGCAGGACUAUACGAAGCCCAGGAAAAGCUGGACGCAAACCACAAGGUGCACGGAAACUAUCAUAUACCCUACCAAGUACACCUAUCUCAGCUGCAGGUGAUAUGUUAAAUGAAUCGCCGGGGUACUCGUCACCUACUUCUACCUUGCUUUACAACGCUGGAUUGAGCAGUAAUCCUGCCAUAUUCUCCGACCUUGAUGAAUGGGAACAAUAUUUUCUGGAUUUCAUGAGAGACAUCAUCGCUCCUUCACCUCUAGACAAGUUCCUAGUGGGACCAAGUUUUCACGACUCACAUCAUACUUCAUUUGUGCAAAACCUCAUCCAACCGAUCCCCGAACUGAAGAACGCUUCUGUCGCUUGUGCUGCCGUUCUAUUUGGCGAUUUAUUUACCGAGCAUACGAACACAACUGUUGACAUUGGGCACAAACGUGCAGCAUUAGCUGUAUCAUCACUUCGGUCAUUUCGGAUAUCGGAUGAAAAAGAUUUGAUGACGAUGCUCGUACUGACCGUGGCGAUGAUAACAUUUGCGAUGCAUGUGGAAGAUGGUCAGCCAUAUCUGAUUGCCCGCUAUACUCUGAGUCUUAUCGAAGCUCAGUACCAGCACUUAAUCAGAUUCGAGUCACCCAUGAUGGGUCUGCUUAUGUGUCUGAUCAGCACAGACACAUUUGAAUGUUUAUUGAGAUCUGAGGUACCGGCAUGGAGAAUCAAUACUACUGAGCGUGAGAAUGUUGUAGACCGAUACCUCGGUCUGAGCUAUCCGCUCUUCCCGUUGCUUUAUGAUAUAUGCGAGGUGGCCGAUCAACUCCAACAUUGCAAAAACGAAGAAAGAGCUGAAAUUGCCGGUCGGCUUACAGCAAUAAACACGACUGUGGAUAACUGGCAUCCAUCACCACCGGUGGACCUUGUUCAAUGCUUUACUCAGGCUGAGGUGAUCAUAAUUUCAGCACAAGCCAAGAUACUACGCUUGACCGGGCUACUGAUUAUUCAUCGCCUGAAACAUCCAUUUGGCCAACACGAUGAUGAAGGACAGGUCUUAUCGCGAGCUAUCAUCUUCGAAUUUGAUACUGUACUUCAGCUCACAAAUCGCUCCGUACCAUGUACAUCCCUCGCCUAUUUAACUGCAUGCUUUGAGAUUUCCGGAGAAGAUGGGAGGGAGACUGCAUUGAUACGAAGUGCAAAUGUUGUUACUUUUUCGAAGCAAGCACUGGUAAAGCUUAAUGCAUCUUUAGUGUCGAUCUGGAGGGCAAGAGACCAAGGAAGUCAGUUCUAUUGGACUGAACUAGCGAAGUAUCUUUGA